UGCCAGUCUGCCUAUUACAAGGGGAUGCUUCUCUCUAAAAGCUCAGAACGAGCACUACCUGUGCAGUCUUUUAAGUGCAGGGUGCUGGCAGCCACUGAAUUAUUUCAUAACUCCUCUAAAUCUGUCUCCUCUUUUCCUCCCCUUCUUCCUUUCUCGUCAUGUUUUCUUCCAGAUAAGUUUUGGUAUUGCCGUCUGUCUCCAAAUCAUAAAGUCCUGCACUAUGGAGAUUUGGAAGAGAGCCCUCAGGGUGAAGUGCCCCACGACUCUUUACAGGACAAAUUGCCUGUGGCUGAUAUCAAAGCUGUUAUCACCGGCAAAGACUGUCCUCACAUGAAGGAGAAGGGAGCCCUGAAGCAAAACAAGGAGGUGUUAGAGCUGGCCUUCUCUGUCCUCUAUGAGUCCGACGAGUAUUUAAACUUUAUUGCUCCUGACAAGAAUGAGUACUGCGUGUGGACAGAUGGUCUAAACGCCCUCCUGGGUAAGGAGAUGACCAGUGAUUACACCAAAUCUGAUAUGGACACCCUCCUCUCCAUGGAGAUGAAGCUGCGUCUCUUGGAUCUAGAGAACAUCCAGAUUCCUGAGGCCCCGCCCCCGAUUCCCAAAGAACCUAGCAACUAUGACUUUGUUUACGACUGUAACUAGACGGACAUCCCCACGAGCCCAAACCCAAACCCACCCAGUACCUACUGUACUCACUGGACCUAUCCCCUUUUCUUACAAACUGGAACAAAAACAAAUAAAACCACAUAAUAUAAAAAAAAUUAACUGUGAUUGAAAGAAAAAGGAUCUAUUCAACUAUUUUCCUCUUGCUUCUUGCUAGACCUUUAUAAGAGAGAAAAUGUUGCAUAUGAAUAGGCUCACUGCACUUGGGGGACUCUGGGUCGAUGCAGAGUCAUCAGAUUGCCAUGGAGAGGAGAAACCAGUAAGUCUUUGGUUGGUCGUUCUGCGUCUUCUUCCUCACUCUCCUCCCGUGUCUGAUGUUUUGAAACAUUCACUUCUUCUUAUCGGCCGAGGCGCCAGCUGUCAUUUUGCUUGAAAAUUGUUGUAGACCAAUGCUUAGAAAUUCUAAUUUGAUUCAGCUUCUUUGUUGUCCUUUCCUAUGUUGACUUUAUUAUUUUUCCUCAGGGCUUUUGUUGGGGAGGGAUGAUGGUUGUGUAGUUCAGGAGCAGGGAGGGACGGGGUUUUGUGUUUCGUCGUCAACUUUCAAGAAGUAUUUUCUGUCACAUUCUCACUUACAGUAUUCGUGACAGCUAGAAGUUUCAUAAGAGGAUGGAAGGAAUGUUUAAUUACAUUUUAAGAUGAACACUUCAUGAAAAUAGUCUCUUAUAUCCACUCUGUCCUGCUACACAUAUACCGAAGACUGUUAGAAUAAGUCGCUCCUCAAAAUCAAGGCACUGUACUACAGUAAAAAGCCUUUCUUUUAAAUAUUCUAAUGUUAAUUUCAUCAUCCCACUGCUGCUUAUGUGCAUAUUGUACACACCUUACACAGUGGCUUUGCCAAAUAAAACCAUAAAAACACCACCAUUGUGAAACACAUACAAACACACACUCGUCUCUCCCUCAUUUGAGUCUCUCUCGUUGUAAUGACUGCUGUACACAACAUUCCUAAGCAAUAUUUGAGCUUUUUUUUGUUUAUCAUUUGUAAAAUGGUCAUAAUUUUGUGAUUUUAAAAUUGUGAAACUGCCAAGUAGUUGGUAUUACAAUUUAGAGGAUGUUAGUGUUUUGGUCAAGGGAAGUUGUCUUUUUUUUGUGUGUGUUCAAGACUAUAUGGCCACAAAAUUUAAAGUUUAUGUAUUUUUUUAAUUUAAAAACAGAUCAUGGUUGUUAUUUCUAGUAUGAUUUAUAUAUUUUCCCCUUCCUAUUUAAUACCUUCAGAUGUUUUUUCUUUAGGAUUUUUCAAAGCUCCUCAAAACUGCUGUUUACAUUAAAGAGUUAAGACCCAUAA